GUCCUACUGCCCGUGCUUCCCGCAGCCAACAUGGCGGCUCUCUGUGUGUCCUGCGGCGCAGCUGCUUCGUACCGGCUCUUUCUUGUGGGUAGGGUUAGCUUUGCUCGGGGACAGGGCCUCUGGAAAGCCGCGGCUGCUAAGCUGCAGAGAAGUCCCGGGUGCCAGAUAUUAAGGUUAAGACACACCACAGUUGUAACAACAAGGAAAAAUGUUACAGCCUUAAGACGUGAAACUUACACAGUGGAUUUUAUUAAAAAGCAGAUUGAAGAAUUCAACAUAGGAAAGAGACACUUAGCCAACAUGAUGGGAGAAGAUCCAGAAACUUUUACCCAAGAGGAUAUCGAUAGAGCGAUUGCUUACCUUUUUCCCAGUGGUUUGUUUGAGAAGCGAGCCCGGCCAGUAAUGAAGCAUCCUGAAGAGAUUUUUCCAAAACAAAGAGCAAUCCAGUGGGGAGAAGAUGGCCGCCCAUUUCAUUUUCUCUUUUAUACUGGCAAACAGUCAUAUUAUUCAUUAAUGCAUGGAGCAUACGGAAAGCUACUAGAUGUAGAAAACCGUCAAGACCAGCUGCGAGCCAAAGGUCUGUUUUCAGAAAAAACGAAAGCCAAAGACCCGAUUGGCAGCAGAUGGCUGAUUAAGGAGGAACUGGAAGAAAUGUUAGUGGAAAAACUGUCAGAUCAAGAUUACGCACAGUUCAUUCGGCUGCUGGAAAGGUUAUCGGCGUUGCCGUGUGACGAGGCUGAAGAAGAAUUUGUGGGCAGGUUCCGCAGGAGUGUAACCAUUCAAUCGAAAAAACAGCUGAUUGAGCCUGUGCAGUAUGACGAGAAGGGUAUGGCCUUCAGCACAGGCCGAGGUAACAGAAAGACUGCAAAGGCAGAAGUGGCCGUUUAUGACCAUGGAAGUGGGAAGAUAGAAGUAAAUGGGGUCGACUACCUGCUCUACUUUCCGGUGACUCAGGACAGCGGGACUGCUUACUGCCGAUCCCCGUGUCAGAGAGCGGAAGAAGCCAGGCCAGGAGGGAGCCCGCAGGAAGUUCACCUGGAAGAAGCGCUGAGUGUUCUGGGCAGGAAAGGAGAGGGCCGCUGUGCACCUGGCACGCGGCAGACGCGCGGGAGACGGUUGCUGGCUGGGGUGAAGCAGCACCAUCAGACGUUUGAGUUGUGAGAUGAUUUACUCUAAAAUGCAAUGUUGUAAAGGUUACCUUCUAAAAAUAAUUAUUUAAAACUGUUCAGCUUUGUUCUGCUGCUUUACUUUUAAAACUUUUUCAGAAGAGAGCUUUAGAAGCAUAACUCAGAAUCUUGGCAUAUUCAACCUGAAAGGAGCAUUCAGCAAAAUCCAAUCAAGAGACCACCUUUUGCGGACGGAAAGGCCCAGCCCUACAGAUCUGCCCCACCAGAGCCGCACUGCUAACCUAAUGUCAGGACGGACUUGGACUCACUCCCCCUAACUCGGUCGUUUUCCCGGAGAGCAGUUGUUACGGCAUAUCUUUCAAGACUGACGGACGAGAGGCUUGUUGAGAAGAGUGAAGCCCGUGGAGCGUCUUUGUCCGGAGCCCAGCAGAGUCUCUGCGGAAGACAACAGGCCAGUCCCCCCCAGCCCCCGGCAGCCACGAUUCCACUCUCUGCUUCUGAGUGUGACUCUUUUUUUUUUUUAAAGAUUCUACGUAUAAGUGAUACCACGCCCGAGUUUGCCUUUCUCUUUCUGGCUUAUUUCACUUAGCAUAGUACCUUCCAAGUUGGGUACAGACUUGCAGUUACAGUAUGAAUUAGUUCUGAGGAUCUGGCUUUAGCGUGUCUGUGAAACCUUGAAAUAGGUCCAGAGUUUUAUACAUGCGUCACUUUUUCUGGGCUACGUAGUUCCAUUGCUCUCACAAGAUGCCCAGAGGGGUCCCUCCCUAUGAUACUGAGAACCACGGGCAUGAGGAGGGUUUGGGGGGUUUUUCAAGGACAGUAAGUCCGCCCUUUGUGUGCAGCCCUAGAUCCAGCAGGCGAAGCAGACACCAUGGUGAGAUUUCGGGCCUGACCUGGUGGGAGCAGGGGUCAAGGGUAUUGGUCAUAAUCUUUAUCUGGCUGGGAGGAGGGUACAUGAGUGUCCGCUUUACUAUACCUUUCAAAUGUGAUACGUGUGAUUUUUAUUAUGAACCGUUUUAUGAUAAAAGUGAAUGAAAAACCACCGUGAGUCGGGACGUAGGAGCUCGAGAACAGUCUCCGGGGCUUAUGUGUGACCUCGGGCAGCUGACCUCCUUACAGCUGGGUGGUCGCGCGUGAGGAGGGGAGGACACCCUGCCCUGUCCCAGGGUUAGAGGAUUCAGUAAAAUCCACAGGAGCCGCGGAGCCCAGAGCAGGUCCUCUAUCAGUGUUGGUUGUGAUUUUCCUCAAGAAACCCCUCCUUAACCUCUGUCGUUUGGUUAAACCCAAGUGCACAGGAUCUCAGUUGGACAAGGGAAGGAGUGGGGGUCAUGGUGUAAACAGGCAGUUAACUUGAAAAUGAAUGACAGUUCACCGCCUCGACUCCUCAGAAAAAACAGAAACACGAUGCUGUGUGUGGGGUAGCUGAGCGCUGUACACCGAGUGUUUCCAUGUGUCUGUUAAGUCGUCCAGGCUGCACUCGAUCCAGCAGCCCCACAGACACAGGUGCUCGGCCCUCACACACCACGGGAGGUGGCAGCCGGCCAGGAGCUCUCAGUGUUCAUAAGGGAGGGCCAGCACCUUGUGUGUGCACGAGCGUUGAUGUCAAGCGCCUCUACCAGGAAGCCUGUGACCCAUUCCCCCAAAUUAACAGUCCAGGAGCCAUAAAAAUCAUCAUCAUCAUCGCACAGAAAUACUGCCACCUUCUUUGGUGACCAACUUUGUGGGCUACAGAAAAUUUUCUUCUUAUUGUAAGCCUUUGGUUAAGACACAGUAAACUCAAUACUGAAAAUUGAAAGUAAUCUUUGAGCACUAAGAUAUAAAAACUACUGAGCUUCAACACUGAGCAAAA